UACAUGGACCGUCCGCCGUCACAAAAUCGCCGAAAAUUAGAAAAUGGCACUCAAAAUGGCAAUAAUGGCAAAAUAAAACAAAAAUUUCUUGCACUACAGAUAAAAUGAAGCUAAAGAGCUGAUUAAUCUAAUAGAAAAAGAAUUAACUCAAUACCUAUCGUCCGCCUUAAGUACGAAGCCCAUCUUUGAAGACCCCUUUUUAAAAAUAGUCAACUUUCAGCUCCCCUCCCGCACAAAAAGUAUUCGAUCGAAUUUUUUUGUUUUUCUCUCACUUGUAGUACUCGUCGAGCCCCACAAAAUGGUAUCAAACACACUACUUAUUGUACUAUAAGUUUCUUGCUAAAUUAUCGUCAGCGAUACCUUUCUCGCCUCGAAUAUACGGAUUCUCAUUGGAGAAAAGUGGAUCAAUCAAAUUAUGAGCAAAUGGCAUUCCAUAAAUAGUUUGUCUGUACAACUGUUUGUGACAGCUGGCGUGCCCGUGUAAAAGUAGUAGGACAAGUUUUGAGUAUCAGCACUUAUACUACUCGAGCUGUUUCUUCAUACAGUAUAUUAAACGCCGAUGUUAACUUUACGGAUGGAGAGAAAAACAAGGUCAAAGUUGCUUCAUUGUAAGAGAGGCCGAAACUUGACAUCCCUAAAAAGGCAUGUAGAAUAUGACUUUUUUCUCGAACAAAUAUUGGAUUCUGUGUAACUUUGUAUGUUCUACACGACAGGAGUGUUGGAAUUUUUGGAGAUAAUAUGCUAGAGAAUCUUGUAUUAACUGUGCCGCUAUGGGUAUAAAUGAUGCUGUCAAAAGUGGCACUCAGUAUUUUUUUCUGUUCUACUUAUUUCUUUUACGAAUUUAUAUUAGAUUAAUGGAUGUUAGUGACCAAAAUGCAGAAGAGAGAAACCUAACUGUAGAAAAAUUAAAAAAACGUACGACAUUUAUCAAAUAUAAAUCAACUGGCAAAAGUUAUUCGAGAACGUAUUUUUUGACCUUAUCGGAAGAUGCGAUUAGGUAUCUUGGCUCCAGACGGGGUGGAAAAUCGAAAGCAUAUCGAGUCAACGAUAUAGACGAAAUACGUCUCGGGUUCAAUACAGCUGUUUGGAGAAAAUGCCUAGAAAAACGAAUGGUCGAGUUAUCGCAGAAUAAACUAGCACUUUCAAUAUUAUACAACAACAAUCGUUCAUCUCUCGACCUAUUAGCUGACACAGAAGAAUUACGUAAUUCAUGGUUCAAUGGUUUAGAAUUUUUGAUAAAACGCUAUCGUUCACAUUUGCGUACUCAUCGCGAAAUUACCGACAGUUGGAUAUGGCAAUUAUUCGAUCAAGCUGAUCAUGAUCAUAGUAAUCAAUUAAAUCGUUCAGAAAUUCGUCGAUUAUUACACCUAUUAAACGUCGAACUUCCAAAUGAUGACAUCGAUCAUUAUUUUAAUUUGGCCAAUAUAAGAGCAUCAACAUUCCGCGACAUAGCACAUUUAGAUCGCCAAGAAUUUAUUUUGUUUUAUAAAUCAAUAACAAAUAGAGUGGAUUUAUUAAAAAUCAUCUGUCAGUACAAUGGUACUUAUAAAAAACAUGCAGAAAUAUCAAAUUAUCAUGUUUCGGAUAAACUAGCGAAUACCACGCUGAUAAAUGUACCAAAAGAGCAAUUACCAAGUUUUAAAAAAACUAAAAAGCAAAGUGCGAUAAAACACCAGCAUCAUCAAAGUGAUAAUGGUAAAGAAGCGAAGAACUAUUGGACAAUCGAACAAUUAAAAGAUUUUUUACAGAAUGAACAGCAUAUGACCGUAUCAAUCGAGGAUUGUGCAAAAUUAAUUAAACGAUUUGAACCCUCGGUAGAAGGUAAACAAUGUGAAGAAAUGGGUGUGGAUGGCUUACGUUUGAUGCUUCUACAUGAUGAAUUUUGUAUUAUGAAUCCAAAUCAUGCGAAUCAAGUUUAUCACGAUAUGACCCGACCAUUGUCUGAUUAUUUUAUUGCAACUUCUCACAAUACGUACAUUAGCGAUAAUCAAGUAUUUGGAACAUGCACUCCAGAAACAUAUGUUCGCGCAUUAAGAUCUGGCUGUAGAUCGGUGGAAAUGGAUUGCUAUGAUGGCGACAAUUUUCAACCCGUUGUCUAUCACGGAAAAACAUUGACAAAACGAGUUGAAUUUAGAGAAAUUCUACAUGCAAUAAAAGAAAAUGCAUUUGUGAAUUCACCUUAUCCAGUAUUUUUGAACAUCGAGAAUCAUUGCUCUUAUGGACAACAAGAAGUGUUGGUUCGUCUAUUAAAAAGCAUACUGAAUGAUUAUUUAUUAAUGGAGCCAAUAAAUGAUUUAUCCGUUUUACCCUCUCCGGAAAGUUUGAAGUACAAGAUACUUAUUCGAAGUCGUCGUUUUCUCAAAGGAAAGACUGCGGCUGAUCCAAAGAUAAACAACAGUAAUGAUGAGACUGUUCCCUUACCAAAAGACAUUCAUCCUGAGUUCGCUAAUUUAAUUAUCUAUUCGCAAAUAGUCUCCUUUACAAAUUUACAACACUCAAUGUCGACUCAACACUGUUAUCAUUCGAUAUCAUUUAAAGAAUCAAAGGCGAAUGAACUUAUCAAAGAAUCACCAGAUAAUUUAGAUUUGAUUCGGCUUACUCAAAGGCAAAUAGUACGAAUUUAUCCAUCAUCAUAUCGUCAAGAUUCAAGUAAUUUACAUCCCGUAUUCUAUUGGUUAUAUGGUGCGCAGAUGGUUGCUCUCAAUUAUCAAGCGGACGAUGAAUCUAUGUCUUUACAAUAUGGUCUUUUUAGCGAUAAUUGUGGAUGUGGUUAUUUAUUAAAACCAUCCAUUUUAUUAUCACCUGCCAAUGAGACAAAAACUAAAAUACCACUUUUUAAUCCAAAAGAUCGAUUGUAUAGUAGAGGCAAAAAAUUAACGAUUCAUAUAAUUAGUGGACAACAUUUACCAAAAGAAAAGUCAAUUGAAGGCAAAGAUGUCAUUGAUCCGUAUGUUAAAGUACAAAUUUAUGGUGUGGAAUUUGAUUAUCAUGAAGAACGAACGCCAGUGAUCAAAAAUAAUGGUUUAAAUCCAAUAUGGGAUUAUAAAAUGUCGUUCGAUAUUUAUUGUCCAGAAUUAUGUUUAGUUAGAUUUAUUGUCAAAGAUCAAGACAAAUAUGGCCGAUCCGACUUUGUUGGUCAAUAUUGUUUACGUUUUCAAUCAUUACAAUUAGGUUAUAGACAUAUUAAAUUAAAAUCAAAAAAUGAAGACUAUAUUCAAGGGACGUUAUUCGUUCAUAUAAAAAUUGAUGAUUUUUAA